AUGCGCCUAGCUACACAAUGCGCAGUCCAUGCAGCACGGAUACCACGGCGCUGCAUAGGAACAGACAACAAGGGCAGCAGCGAUAAAGAUACACAUUUCGGAUUCAAGACGAUUCCCGAGCAGCUCAAGGAGAGCAUGGUCGGGCAGGUCUUUAGCUCUGUCGCUUCUUCCUAUGAUCGGAUGAACGAUGUCAUGUCCCUCGGCAUUCAUCGUUUAUGGAAGGACGACUUUGUCAAGGGCUUACGACCUGGUUCGCGCGGCAACUUUGCACCGAUGAAGAUCCUCGAUGUUGCUGGUGGCACGGGCGAUAUUGCCUUUCGCCAUUUGGACUAUGCGACAGAUGUCCAAUUUGACCAUGAGACAUCUGUGGAGGUGGUGGAUAUCAAUCCAGAGAUGCUGCAGGUGGGUGAACGACGUGCGCUACAAACACGGUAUGCAGGCACGGGGCGUAUCUCGUUUAAAGUACAAAAUGCAGAGCACCUGACAGAAGUCCCCUCAGAGUCUGUGGAUCUCUAUACGAUUGCCUUUGGUAUUCGCAAUGUCACGCAUAUCGACAAGGUACUCGAGGAAGCAUUUCGAGUGCUCAAACCAGGCGGUGUCUUUGCCUGCCUCGAGUUUUCCAGUGUCAAGCCUGCACCACUUGCUGCACUCUAUCAACGGUAUUCAUUCAGUGUCAUUCCAAUCAUGGGCCAAUUGGUGGCAGGUGACCGUGACUCGUACCAGUACCUGGUGGAGUCUAUUCAGAAAUUCCCAAACCAAGAGACGUUUGCCCGGAUGAUACAGGAUGCGGGUUUCUUGGUGAGUGGACCAGGCUACAGAGACUUGAGCUUCGGGAUCGCAGCGAUCCACACGGGCGUCAAGCCAAAGCCGAGGCAGGAGGAAUCAAAGCCUGCUGAGGUGAAGGAGGAUAUGCAGGAGAAGCUGCGGAAGGAGGAUGCUGAGCCUGCUGUGAUUGCAAGCUAG